CUUGCAGAAACGACUGAGACAGACGUCAGCCGAGCUUAAAUCAGGACUGACUGCACAAUAUCACAAUUAGUGAUGACUCUGGUUUGCAUAUGGAAGAUAAUGCUCAUUAGCUUGUUGAUUCAUCUUGACUUAAUGGCUGUGAUACUUCAAAAUGCUCCUAAUAAGCCGAUUGUCUCAAAGCAAGAUGUUUUGCUUGUGAAGGAUAUAGCUAAUCCAAAGUGUUUCACUCGGACAAGAAAGGAUUUCACCUGCUUCUUUGAGACCGCAGACAACAGAACAUACGACCUUCUCUAUACAUCUCAAAGUGACCUGAGCAAGAGCAAGAAGUGUGAAAUGUCUAUCCAUGGAACAGAAAAUGGAACUUUGCUGCAUGUUUGUCCUUUUCCCGCGGAGGAGGUUUUUUUAUACACAGAGACAUACAUCCAAGUGGUGGAUCGCACCAAAAACAUCACUUUGUACAACCGCACAGUCUCUGUGGAGGACUACUGUCUUCUGGAGCCCCCCUUGAAUGUCUCCCUACAGCCAAAUGACAAAGUGGGAGAACUCAAAGUUUCUCUGGACACAAAAUAUAUAAAGCGCAUACCAAACAAGAGAUAUAGAAUUAUUUACUCUUCCAUGAAACUUGGGGAACAAACGAAAGAGGGGAAUGAGGACAAAUUUCUGCUCUCCUCUCUGGUACCAGGUGAGGUGAUUGAGGUCCAAGCUUCGGUGAAAAGUGGUAAACCUGGAAUUUGGAGUGCGUGGUCUAAACCUGUACAAGCAAAAGUUCCCCAAACAGCAGAUGAUAUCUCACUUGUAUGCUACACCUCUGACCUGCAACAUGUUACUUGUCAUUGGGAUGGCACCAAAUAUGGUUCAGAGUACAAACUGUUUCACAGUCUGAGAAAAUCUUCAGGCUGGACUGAGUGGAGUAAAUGUAAUGAAGAAAGAAAUGUCUCGGAUACAUGUUCCUUUCCUGUAGACACAUUUGAAAAAAUAAAGGUCAAGCUCAACAGCACCGCAGCUGGGAUCAAACCAUUGUUCUUCAGUGAAGAAUUCCUGUUCUGCCAGUCCAUUAAAAGUGUCCCACCAAGUCAGCUGAAAGGAGUACUGAUAAAGAAAAAGCUGUGCUUAAAUUGGGAAGCUCCUCUACCCUCUUUGUCUGGCGAUCUGCAGUAUGAGGUUAACAUUCAGAUUAAAGGAGGUGAAGAACUGAGUAAAAUAGUGUCUAACACCAGCACAUGUGCAGAGUUGACAUCAGGCUGCCAGUUCAGUGUUAGGGUAAGAGCUAAACCUGAGGGGGUGAUUUACUCAGGAUUUUGGAGUGACUGGUCAGAUGUCUUUUCAGGUGCAACCACACAUGACACAGACAUGUUGCUCAUGUGGUGCAUCUGUGUUUCCAUGCUGAUCAUAGCAAUCGGCUUCAUCACAGUCUUUUUCAUUUACUUCAGGAAGCUCAAGCAGUAUUUCUGGCCACCAGUACCCAACCUUGAAAAAGUUCUUCAAGGUUUUCUGAUGGACAUCAACCAGCAGAAAUGGAGUCCUCCAGUCACAGAAAAACUGUCCUUUGAAGUAACAGCCUCAUCUGUGGUGGAGAUCAUGUCUGAUGACACGGUUCCAGGACUGGACAAGUGUUGGAAAGAAUCAUCCGACCUUCUCUCAUCCGAUGGAAGUUUUUCCACAGAAGAACAGACAAAUGGAAGUUCUGGGGAUGAAGUCCUCCGAGAUUACGUAACUCUAAAUAAGGAUCUUUCCGUUUUCUGUCUCAAUGAAAACUGUUAUGUGUAUGAGCAGUGUAAUGAUGGAGAAGAUCCUGAGACAGGAAAUAAGCUAAUUAAAACAUGUCUAUGUCUUAAGCCCUGCUCUUGCAACAACUACUCUAACGGUUCUUACGUACCCAUGGCCCAGUGUACAGAUGGCUUUAAUUAUAAAGUCCCAAAUGGAAAGGGUGCACGGAAUCCUUACAGUAACCUUCCACUUACAUAAACCUGUAACAAGAGUGCUUCCAACUUAUAUUCACUGUACAAAAGGAAAGCAGUUCACAUAGAAACUACGAGAUACUAUUUUCACUCAAGAAGUGUUACCAAGCAAUAUGUACUAUCGUUAACACACAGUUUUCACUGGCAGAGGGAUUUUGUUAUGUUUUUUGUUGUUGUUGUUUUUCCAAGGUAUAUUGAAGAUGAUACUGAACAUUAAAGAUUCGAAGCAAAGGGGAUUUUUAGGAGCAACCUUAACUAAUUAAACUAC